AUGGACCAGACCUCCCUUCGCAACAGCGAAAAGCCUCAGCUCCCUGAAAAUGGUCAGGCCGAUGAACAGUUAGCCGGGAACAACCAUACAAACUAUUAUCCAAUAGAUGUUGAGGAACCGGCACCGGCAGCCUCGGAGACUGACUCCCCUCCGAGCGCUCGGCCGUAUUGUCCGGAGAUGCUGAUACACGAGCUGGCCAGAGCGCCCAAAGUGCGUUGGGAUCCCCAGCGCUGGACACUAGAGCGUGCAGUAGUUUCGGCAGGAACUACCGGAGUCGACUCGGUGAUUGUGCCUCUAUUUUGUGACGUGAAGAACAACGCCACUCCCGUCAACUAUCGCAUUGAGCUCCAGGUCGGUCAUGAUCCAGACCACCGCUUCCAUGUCCAGGUGGACAGCGGAUCUAGCGUGCUCUGGUUACGAUCACGACUGCAUCCAGAUGAAGAAUUGAAGCCGUUGGACUUGCCCGCGCUGGAUGUCUUCCUCGAGAGUAUCAACGAGGUGACACCCCGGCCCCUACAGCCAUACAAGCUCUCUUACGGAAGCGGGUCUCAAGUCGAGUUGAAAAUGCACACUGCGCCGAUCACGCUUGGCAAUCUGUCAGUGGAACAGAUGUUCGGUGCAGUGCCUUUCCGUAGAUUGUCUCCCACAAUGCCCAGUGGGAUCUUGGGGCUGGGUUUUAGCGUACCAGAUAGCCCCUUGCCUCACCAUGUAAACCUGGUACUCCAGAUGCACAAGGCGGGCUUGGUGAAACACGCAUCCUUUGCCAUGAUCGGGCCUCGCUCAGAGCCGGCCUCGAAUCCCUUGGUGCGCCGCGAGGGAGAGAGAACGCAUCGUGGGUGGUUUGUGUUGGGAGCUCUGGAUGACAAGUACCACCGGGGCAUCACCUGGUGUCCAAUUCAGACGCAGAAUGGUGAGCAUCGCAAGUGGGUGGUGCCACUCCGAAAGGUGAUCGUAAAUGGUAUCGUUGUGUGUGAGAAUCAGCGAGCGCUGCUGGACACCGGGUGCACGUAUCUGCUCACAGGAGUGAAGAAUAUGGCAGCUCUGGCAGAGGCGAUGAGGGGCACACGCACCCUUCGCGGGGUUGAAUAUACACCUGGUGCACUCCGGUCGGUGGAAUUUGUGUUUGGCAACAAUGAUGAGGAUAACAAGGAGGCCAGCUUUGGCCUGAACCCGGAGAAUCUUACAUUGGGAUGUGGUGUGGAGGAUACCACCAUGCAACGCAGCCCGUUCGAAUCCUUCAAAGACGGGCGUCUUGAGGAUCAACAUUCAGCCGGUGACUAUUGGAUCCUUGGAGGAAUUUUCCUUGACAACAUGAUUACCAUUUUUGAUUACAUGGGAAGCACGCGAGUCGGGUUCGCGGCCAAAUCGGAUAUUGAUCCUAGAUGA